UCACUGUGUGUGGCGAAUGCUUGAUAUGCAAAACAGCAUCACGCCACUUUCGUUCGCAUCACCAUCACACUCACAGAGUGUCUCACCGACGACAAAGUAGAUUGUGCGUACGAAUGAUGGAGAAGAGAAUGGGAUAAGAGCGAAAGAGACGGACAAUGACAAAAGCGAGGCAGAAAAAAGAAUGAAUGAUAUUGUGCAGCAUCAGCAUACGGUGCUCUGUUUUAUUGGCGGUAAAAUAUGUCGAAACGUCAAAAUGAACUAAUUGAUAGUGCCCGAACGAGAAUUUAUCGGAAAGAAUUUUCUCCGCACAAUUGAAUUUUCGUGACCACUUGAAGCCAAACGGUAAAUUUGGAUAUUUUAUUGCUGUCGUGGAUUGAAUAAAGGCCAAAAAUCAUGUCCGAAUCAAAAGGGAGCGGUGUUUGUGAACGUGAUUUGGAGAAAGUGUUUCGAAUGCAUGAGCAUCGCAUCGAGGAUGAGCUCCACAAAAUGUCACAAUCAUUCGAACGCUGUACACAGUCGCAAGACAUAGCUUUGAUGUCGAAUUUUUUCGAUUAUCUCAACUAUCGUCUCGUCGCCACUUGCAAAAAGAUAGAGGUUGAUUAUUUUGCAAAGAAAGCUGAGCGACCGACGGAUACAGUCGAUGCGAAGCAGAGUAUCAAGAGUGACGACAAAAAGUUGAUUGAAAUUUUGGACGUGAAGGAAUCAAAAAAUGGCCAAGUGAAAGAUGAGAUGAUCGAUCAGAAGCUGAGAGACGAAGAAGAGCUGCACGGUGAAUGGGAGAAUGAACAAUUGAAAAUUGUCGAGGAUUACGAUUCGAAUAGCAUACCAGAUGCGGAAAUAAGUACCGAUCAAAGUUCGCUGGACACCAGUGGUGAAACAAAGCUGAGUAAGGCUGAGGCAACGAGCGACAGCGAAAAGUCGCACGACAAAUCGUCCAGCUCGAGCAACCGUUCAAUGGAUUCGAUUUACGGUGUGGGAUCCGAGCUUGAGUACCAAGCUGAGGAAAAGGAAAAUUUGGGUGAAAAACGACCAAAUUCAGUGGACCACGGCAAAGAGCAGGCCAAAAAGCAUAAAACCAGCGCUGAUUCGAUGAGCAAGGAGGAUUUGGAAGACGGUGAAAUACUUGAAUCAGAUGGGUCGAAAAACAUCAACCGGAACAUUUACCUAACAAAUCCGUUGUAUCGCUUCAAGUGUAUGCUAUGCAAAAAUUUGGAAACAAAUCUGAUUGAUCAUCUGAAGGAAACACACCCGGAGAAUGAGGUGUAUGUGGCUCGGCCAUCGCCGGCAAUGGCAAAAAAAAUUCGACAGCGUUCUGAGAAUUUUACAUACACACCGAGUUUGACACAGAUUUCAGGCCUAUGUUUCUUUUGCGAACAAACACGACGAUUCGCUUUAAGCGAUUGGAAGGAUCAUUUGCUGUAUCACACUGGUGAAUCGAUGGCUUCACGUGACAGUGCCUCGUUAAGCGAUGACAAAAAUGAGCUAACGGCAUUCAUGUGCAAAGCAUGCAAUUACACACAGAUGGACGAGAGUCGUCUGAGACUGCAUCUUUUGCAUGAACAUGGAAUGCGUAAUGAAGAGAUUGACCGUGGUUACGAUGAAAUCGUAUUGAUUCCCGAUCUGACACCAUUGAAGCUGAUCAAAGUAAAGAACAUUGAAUACGUUGCCGAUGCGUCACGUUUCAAAUGUGGCAUUGGAUGGUGUGAAUUCCAUUCGCCCGAUUAUGCGGACUUCAAGUCUCAUCUUCGUCAAAGUCACAAUGGUUCUGUACCCGAUGAAUCGUUCGGUUGUCUACAUUGCUCGGAAAUUAUUAAGCCAAAAGGAAAAUCGUUUGUUCGCCGUGUCACUGAACACAUGAAAUUGCACGGCAAACACUUGUUCUGGUGCAUCAUGUGUAAAAUGGCCUUUUCAUCGGAACGAAACACCAUUGAGCACAUCAUUCACGAUCAUUCAAAAGAAACAAUACGUUUCCGGCAUCAGUACCACGAUGGCUGGACGAAAUCUGAAGCUAUUGAAGAGUUUAUCGUUAUGCUACAGUGCAAUGUAUGCAAUGGUCCAUUUUACACUUUUGCAAGUGGAUCGGAUCACUUCAAAACGUGCCACGCUUCGUUGAAUUAUGACUUUACGGCCAGCAAAUUGAUCAAACGUACGGCAGCCACUUCGGUGACCAGUUUGGUAUUGAACAAAUACCCAUUGACUUUGCGCCAGUUCUUCGAGUGUUCUCUUUGCGAUGAGACACGGUUCAAUGAGCCAUCGCUCAUCAAACAUUUCACGAAAUCGCAUCGAACGCAGUCAUUGCUGUUGAAACCUGGCGAAGUGUUCCUGAAAUACACUGAUGAAAGUGAAAAUGAUGAUGUCGGCUUAACUGCCAUUCAGACGGUGUUUUAUUGUUACAUUUGCUUCAAAAAUGGCGUUCAAUUCAUGGGCUAUGCCAACAGUCAAGAGGUUUUUAGUCACUGGUUUUCCACACACUCGGAACCAUUUCGAUUCGUCAAAGCUGAAAUUGCCCAGUGUUUCCAUUGCGAACUGAUGGGCACUUAUCAAGGGCUGAAGUGGCAUCAUUUUGAAACACAUCCCAUGGAAAUAUUUGCAAUGGUCGAUGUACUCAAUCCAAAAAAGUGUGGACUAUGCGAAUAUUCCGGUCAAAAUCUCGAUGGACACUUUGAACAUGAACACAGUUCGAUUGAUCAAGCCGAGAUUUUUUGCCCGAUACCAUUGAGCAAUGCCAGUUUGAAGGAGCUCAUCGAGAUGAAAGGACAGAAGAAACGCCGGUGCGAGUAUUGCCAAGAAGUGUUUGAGACCAAAACUGAGUUCAAAAUGCAUCAUGAAGUGAAGCAUCCAUUGUUCAAAGCGAAAUCAGAGAAAUUCUACGACAAUGAGUCUGUUCAUUUGAUUGCUGGCUGUUGUCAGGCAAAAGUUAGCCCAGACGAAUUUUUCGGCCAUUUGAAUGAUCAUCAAUUCCCAACCAAAUGCUCAUUCUGCAGCUUCGAAACACUGGAUUUACUUGAGCUCAGCACUCACGAUGUUACCUGUCACGGUGCAGACAACGACGUUGAACUGAUGCAUUUUCAAACAUUCGACACAUUCUAUUGGAAGACUUUGGUCAUCUUCGGUAACGGUCUCGUGCUGAACAAGAAAAAUUUGGUCGGAACAAAUCGCGAUGAUAGACAAGAAUUCAAAGAUUUCGUGGAAAUGAACUUACGACUAAGACAAGCAGAACAAUAAGCUAGAAUUCAAUGCAAAGAAUUUAAAUUCGAUUAGAUUCGAUUUAUUUUUGUCUCAUAAAAUGAGAUUUUUCUAUUCUAUCAUUUCAUCAAAUGAUAUUUGAGUAGUUUCGAGCGAAAAUGUUAUACAGAAAAGUUGAGCGGAAAAAUAUCGAUAAUGAAUGAGCGGAAAAGGGAUAGCUAUAUAGUAAACUAUAGUGAACUAUAUAGCUAUCUCUUUUCAUUUGACAUUUUUCCUCUC